GCACCUACCCCCAAUCAAGUAAACAAAUAAAAAUACUAAACUAAAAGUAGAAAUAAUCAGAAUAUAUUUCUGCAGAAUACUUUCAUUAAAUAUUUUACAUUUAAAAAUAAGAUGGAAAAAGUCAUGUUCUUUGUAAUUUUGCAAAAUAUUUCAACCGCAUGAAAGGUACUCCCUGAUGUUACUUUUUAUUUAACUUCCUAUUUUUCAAGAAUUGAAGAUUUUGACAGAUUUUUUUGAACACUCAGGGUCGAAAGAAAGUAGUUUAAAACAACUGUUGUUGAGGCAUUCCAAAUCUACUAGAGAGCCAGACAGAAUGGUGACAGGUCCAUGCCUUCAGUGGAGGUCCUUACUGCACACAGCGUUGGUGUCAGUGAUCACAUGGUCUGCAGGUUUUUCCUUGCUGUGAGGCUGCGUUCAAGUGCAGAACUUGACCUGGUCCCAUAGGAGUGAAUGGCAGCCAUUCAGUAUUGUGGGAGAAAGUAAAGUGGAACACUUCUUCACACCAAGUCCUGGUCUUAGUGAUGCAGCAAUUGAAAACUAAAGCAUUGAACAACUGACCUCUUCCUAUCUGAAUGGCCCCAUUCUGGAUUGUUUUGCUUUAUUGUGCUGCAAGGUGGUUAUAGUGACACAGAAAUGGAAGGCUCUACUAUGGAGGAAGAAGAGCUGAUUCCUGAGCUGAUUCCAAUAAGAGAACAGCAGAUAAAUGACCAUGCAGGACAGGACAUUCCAUAUAAGAUUCCUGUUACUAUUAUUACUGGCUAUUUAGGUGCUGGAAAAACCACUCUUCUUAAUUAUAUUUUGACAGAACAGCACAACAAGAGGAUAGCAAUUAUUCUAAAUGAAUUUGGUGAAGGAAGUGCCUUGGAAAAAUCCUUGGCUGUAAGUCAGGGUGGAGAACUCUAUGAAGAAUGGCUGGAACUCAGAAAUGGAUGUCUAUGCUGUUCUGUAAAGGACAAUGGUUUGAAGGCUAUUGAAAAUUUAAUGCAGAAGAAAGGCAAGUUUGACUACAUCUUGCUAGAGACAACUGGAUUGGCAGAUCCAGGUGCUGUUGCCUCCAUGUUUUGGGUUGAUGCUGAAUUAGGAAGUGACAUUUAUCUUGAUGGUAUCAUAUCUGUUGUUGAUGCAAAGUAUGGACUGCAGCAUCUCAUAGAAGAAAAACCCAGUGGCCUUAUCAAUGAAGCAGCUAGACAGAUUGCAUUAGCAGAUCUUAUAAUCCUCAAUAAAACUGAUUUGGUUUCUCAAGAGGCACUGAUGAAACUGAGAACAGCUGUCAGGUCAAUAAAUGGAGUUGUCAAAAUUUUAGAAACUAAGAGAUCCAGAGUUGACAUCUCUGAUGUCUUAGAUCUUCAUGCUUUUGAUAGUUUGUCAGGAAAAAGUUUCCAGCAGAAGCUGCAGCUUGAGGAAGUACCUAAACCACACCUUGAUAAGAGUAUUGUUACAUUCACAUUUGAAGUGCCAGGAAGCACAACUGAAGAAGAGCUAAAUGUGUUUGUUCAAGAUCUUCUGUGGGAGAAGAAUAUAAAAGACAAGAGAGGUAACCCCAUGGAAGUAAUAAGACUCAAGGGACUUGUGUCUAUCAAAAACAAACCUCAUCAGGUGAUAGUCCAAGGUGUUCAUGAGCUCUAUGAUCUAGAAGAAACCACUGUAAGAUGGAAGGAGGAGGCUGAACGAACAAAUAGAUUGGUUGUAAUAGGUAGAAACUUGGAUAGAGAUAUCCUUAAAGAUGCCUUUAUAGCUACUGUGACUAAGAGAGGAGGAAACGGUUAAUGUCAUCUUCUGAAGAAAGUAUCUUUCAACACUUCCUUUUUAUCAUGAAUAAGCCAGAGUCCUGGAGCUGUUUUCAGCUUUUCCACUGCUGUUUAAAAUUUCGUUCUUUUACAGUUUUUAUUUUAUUUUAUUAAAUUUCAUUUCAUUAAA